AGUUUAUCUUCAACACCAUAAGGAAUAAGUCGGUUAUUAUUAUAAUAUACUUUAAUUUAAUGAGGUGUCCAUCGUAUCUUUUUUUAGUUAUUAUGUAAAACGUGACGGUGUUUGUUCAACAGUUAAUACUUAUGCUGAAGAAUUCGUCGGAGAGUGUUCAAAUAAUGACUGUCCAAAAUUUGGAUAACAUUGACAAUAAAAACGCGGAAACUAUGCAAAAUAUUAGCGACAAAGCUACUAACGAUGCUCAGUCGGCUAAAAACGGACAUAUCAGUUUUAGUGUAGCCUCUUUACUAGCCGAUACGAGGCCGAGUAAAUCCGUAUCCCCAAACUCCUCCACCGUACCGUCAUCCAGUCCAACGCACCAAUCUUCCGACGAUGAAUACGAUUCAACUCAAGAAGAUUCUAUCGUAGACGUCGAAGAUUUGAAUGCGGAAAAUAAAACAGAAGACGAUUCAACGUCGAAAGUAAGUGAUUUCUUGUCGCAAAGAGACGCAAUAGAAAGAAACUUUUCUAAAGAAGCUGGGCUUAAUCAAGGUCCUAUUAGACCUACUCCUUUUUCCGCGUUAGCAGCGGCUGUGUAUCAAGCUGCACAUCCGAACUGGUCCCACCAGGGGCUGGUGAACCCGUUUGGAGGUCCUGGCCCUAUGUUUCAAGGAACCACGCCUUUUGGAGUACCCAGCAUGAACGCAGUUGAUUCAAAUGGGGAACCUGCCAAACUAAAAUGUAAUUUGAGAAAACACAAACCAAAUAGGAAACCCAGGACGCCUUUCACAACUCAACAACUACUAGCUUUAGAAAAGAAAUUCCGUGAUAAGCAGUACCUUAGUAUAGCCGAAAGAGCAGAAUUUUCGAGUUCAUUGAGGCUAACGGAAACUCAAGUGAAAAUCUGGUUUCAGAACCGAAGAGCGAAAGCAAAACGACUUCAAGAAGCCGAAUUAGAAAAAUUAAAAAUGGCUUCACUUUCCCGCCAUCAUCACGCACUCUACCCCCAUCCAGCCCUCCAGGGCUAUUUCUCUCCAGGAACGCAUCCUUUAGCUUCACUGCUGGGGGCUAGACCGCCCAUGGCACCCCUCGGUCUCGUGCCCCAGCCACCCCUGCCGCAUAUGGCAUCACCGCAGGGGAAUAUAAGAUCGCCCAGUCCGCAUAUUAACUAAAGUAUUGAGUAGAUGGAAUCAAUUUGGGGGUUUUCGUGAUUUGAAUGGUUGAAGUGAGAAUCUGUUUUUUAUAUAUCAAAUUAAAACUAAUUGGAUUCUGUUAUACAUUUAGGACAACUUUUAUUUUAUAUUUUGUGAUAUUGCACAUUGCGUUUCGGAUUUACUCUUGAAGAUUUUGAAAAAAAAAAUUUCUAAGGUGAGCUGAACGGAAGUUGAAACUCAUAAAAUUCAAUUCAUGAUAAACAAUAUAAAACAAUCUAGGUAAUCAACAUAAAAAGGUGUCUAUGUUGGUUACGUUUCGGGUUUGUGUUACAAAAUGAUCACAAUCUAAUCUAAUUAGUAUUGAUCUGUGCCAUGAAACUCGCUAGUUAAUGAUAUAUUAACAAAAGUAGGUGUUUUUGCAAUUGAUUCAUUCUAUUGCAAAUGAAAUUCAAUUACAAAACUAGUUACACUGAUUGGUUUGCAUUACAGGAAAAUUAGAAACUAGAUAUAAUUGGGUCAUUACAAAAUUCCAAACUAUCCAAACUAUUAUUAUAUUAAUACUAAAAAUGAUUCAGCCGCAAAACUUUGCUAAAUUUUCUGUAAAUAAGUAUCUCUUUGAUAUAAUAAUGUCUGCGUAUGAAUCUCUUUAUCAAUAUCCUUCCUUGUUUGUUUUUAUGGAUUUCUGUUUCUUGAUCAUAUAGUCUAUAAUAGCAAUGCAUACAAACCAUAGUAACGUGAAAUAGUUAUAAAUUAUUUACUUCCAAAAUCUUGGAAAUAUUUCGUAUUGUUACGAGUAUAGAAAGAUGGUAGGUGGAUGAUGAUGAUAAGGAUGAUAAGGAAAAGAUCAACAGAAAAUGGUAACGAAGAAUAAGAUACUAAUAUAACUAUAAAACAGUCAAAAUUAACAAAAAGAAAAGAAUUUGGGUUCAUUGCAAAGUAGAUUUAAUGGUAAAUGUCUUAACACAGCUUUCUUCUUCUUUUUUUCAUCGGGAAGACUGUUCCGUAUAAAACAGGAAAAAUAUUCGAGAUUUUAGAGGUGAGUACCCCAGAGAAGCAUUCUGAUGUAUGUUAUUCACUUGAACUACAUUCCAUAAGUAGAGAAUCAUAUAGACGAUAUUGCAAAUUUUGAAUAUAGUAUAAGAAAACAUCAGAGAUAACUCUUCAAAUCGAAAUUGAAUAGAGAAUAAGUCUAUUAAUAUAAAUUAGUCCCAAGAAUGAAGCGAAUCAAAUAAAUGAUAAAAAUGUUCCGUUUAAAAAACCUAUGAAUACUUGCCUAUGACUAUAGGUGGAACAAGUGUAGAAAAAGAGAACGGAGCCAGAUAUUGGAUACAAAAAGAUGUAUUGUUCACAGUAAAUUACUAUCAUAAAAAAAUAAAUAGUAAAGUUAAGAUAAGAUGAAAAGCUAAAGAUUGGACUGUUCUUUCUAUAGAAGGUCAAUGAUGACCUUAAUUAAGGUAAUCGUUGGAUAUAUGGUAACUUUCCCACAAAUUUGAGUGAUUACUGUCGUAGAGCAUUGAAUAUCCAUGUUCAGUCAAAAUGGAAAUUUCAAAAAACAAAUAUCCGACAUAUCUCAAUUUUUAGGGGGACCGCAGGUUUACCAUUAGAAAUAAAAGUCCUCAUCAAUCCCAUGGGUGCUAAAAAAAUUUGUCAAGGUCAACAUUUUGGAGUUUUUGAAUUUUUAUUGUAAACGUUAAAUUUAUCAGAAGUGAUAGGCCAUACAAAAACUGUGGAUCAUGAAAUUUUCUACAGAUCCUGUUGGCAUGGUUUUCCCACUAAUAUUCACUAUUCUCUCGGAUACGGAAAUUUGUAAAGUUGAAAAUAUUACAUAUACAUAAUUCUUAACCCACACAUUUAUCAGAAUAUAGAUCAACAAUACACGCAAUUUUCAACCUCAGAGAAAUAAUUGAAAGAACCAUAGAAUUUCAAAAACCCCGUUCCUUUUGUUCAAAUAGCUGAUAUUAUUAAUGUACUUUGGAGAAACCCGUAAAUUAUAUGAAUGUAAUAGAAGAGCUAAUUAAAAACAACAAAACCCCGAUCAAAACACAACAAGGGUUUAUCGAACAAGCGCCAAUACUAACAGGAAUUCGACAAGGUGGUAGUCUAAGCCCAUUUAAUUAUGGGAGGAUACAAGAUGGGACGAAGAUCGAUUCCAAACAACAGCAUUCCAAACCUUAAUAUACAAAUAUCUGUAGGAAAAACAUAAUGUAUGGUAAUACAAGAUGUAAACGACAACCCCAUUCACCAAUGUAUGCAAUGUACACUCAGGAAUCCAGAUCACAAGCGACAAAAGCUUACAACGAUAAGUGAGAACCCAAGUGGCCUCAAAAAUAUCUGUUGGACCUCAAAUGGUAAAUAUGUCCACCGAUAGUAAAAUACUCAUGAGCAAAUCAAUCAUAUGUCGUAUAUACAUAUGCAGGGGAAACCCGAGCGGACACAACAGAAACGAAGAAUGUUAUGUGGGCAGCAGAGAGGAAAACAGUUAGAACUAUUGAAGCAGUGAGCCUAAGAGAUCAAAUAAGAAGCCAAGCUAUAAGAGAAUAUCUAAAAAUUCGUAUAUAGUACGAUUUAAGAGUUCAGGACGACAAAAGUGGAGACACCACGUCAACAUAAUUAUGGAAGAUCGCUGUGCCAAAUGGACAAAGGUUCCAAAAACCAAUUCUAAGGAGACCACCCGGCCAACCUCCCAAGAGAUAGCACUUCUCAAGAGGCUAAAUAAAGAAGAAACAAGAAUAAAAAAAA